AUGGUGAGUUGAAGUCGUUCAUAUUCAUUCAGUCAAAGUGGUCUAAGUGUGUAGAGAUGUGUUUGAUUGUAGGAAGUAGUUUGAAGCAGUUUGAGGGCCUGAUGUUGAUGGAUGUUCACGGUUCCUCCGUGCUGUUGUACCGGUGAGCUGGUGAGCUCCAGCGUGGCGCCUCCAUGACUGAUGAAACCUCAGCUGACCUGCAGGGCUUCUCACUUAGAGCUGUUUAAAGCAUAUUGUGGAGACAGUGUCGUUUCUGUGAAGCUAUAUAAAGUCCCUAAUACAUUGUUAUUGUAAUAUCAUGUUGUUAUAUUUAGUCCUCUGUCAUAGUUUGUAACUUAACACAUCUACAUCUUCUUUUCUGUCAGGGCUUCGUCAAAGUGGUGAAAAACAAGUCCUACUUCAAAAGAUAUGAAGUCAAAUUCAGGAGAAGAAGAGGUAAGUCAUUGAUGAAGUCAAACCAUACACUUAACCCUGACACAGAGCUCACACCUGUAAACCAUGCCAAUGUUUUAACAGUGUCUCAGUAAUCUUAUAUACUUGUCAACUCUACAGAGGGGAAAACUGAUUUCUAUGCCCGUAAGCGGCUGGUUGUGCAGGACAAGAACAAGUACAACACCCCCAAGUACAGGAUGAUCGUCAGGUUCUCCAACAGAGACAUCUGCUGCCAGGUCAGUGACUGAGAUUGAGAGAAACUCCUGUGAUCACAUGUUGGAAUCGACCUGACUCACCAUUUUUCUGUCUGUCUGUCAGAUUGCCUAUGCAAAAAUCGAAGGAGACCAGAUAGUGUGUGCCGCUUACUCCCAUGAACUGCCCAAAUAUGGUAUCACAGUAGGCCUCACUAACUAUGCUGCGGCCUACUGCACUGGGCUGCUACUGGCUCGUCGGGUAAGAGCUCAAACACACAACAACUUACAGUUAAAACGUGUAUUAUUUGAGUGUUUUCUCACAGUCUCGUGUUACUAUCUAAUCCUCCCAGCUGCUGCACAAGUUUGGCAUGGACCAGGUGUACGAGGGCCAGGUGGAGGUGACAGGAGAUGAGUUCAACGUAGAGAGCAUAGAUGGACAGCCAGGGGCCUUCACCUGUUACCUGGAUGCAGGCCUGGCCAGAACAACUACAGGGAACAAGGUGUUUGGAGCCCUGAAGGGGGCUGUGGACGGAGGCCUGGCUAUUCCUCACAGGUCAGCAUAGCAGUCUUUGUCCUACAUAUAUAACUUGCAGAAGUAUGAGACUUUCAGUUUUUUUCCAGCUGAUUGUGAUUUUUAUUCGUUUGCUGGUGUUUUUGCUUCUUGAUGAUGAUAGAAAACACGCUGAGCAAAAUGUAGUUGGUCCUUCAUUUGCAUUAGCUGAUGUUUACUGUCCUUUCAAGACGGGGCUGAGAGAAGCAAGAUGAACCACAGCAAACACCUGCACUUCUGUUACAGCAGGAGUAAUAAGCAGAAGACAAUGGACUGAUUGAUUUAAGUUAAAAGAUAUUUAAAAACAAGCCAUUAAAACCAUGUUAGUCGAGUCCACGGUCAUUGUUUCCUGGUUGUAAUCCCGAUCCGUGCUCUUCUUUGUCUCUAGUAUGAAACGCUUCCCCGGUUACGACACAGAGAGUAAAGAGUUCAAUCAAGAAGUCCAUCGGAAACACAUCAUGGGCAUGAACGUGGCCGACUACAUGUCUUACCUGAUGGAGGAGGACGAAGAGGCCUACAAGAAACAGUUCUCCCGUUUCAUCAAGAACGGAGUCACGCCAGACACAGUAAGAGACAACAGACCACACCUGGUUGUACAUGCCGCUUUGCCACAAAGCUUUUCUGCGAGACGUGUUUAUUACAAAGUCGGGCUGUGAAGGUUCAGGUAUUUGUGCUAAACCGUUUCAGUACCGCACUUUUGGUUCGAUGUAGACCCAAAUAGCCAGGCCAGAUAAUCAGUGUCUGCCUGUUGCGCUUAUUAUUUCAGCCUGGAUCACCUCAUCUCACAGGGGAAAAAACUGUUUGGGUUUCAUCGACAGCAGGUCUAAAAUGGACCUUAAGUUAGUUGACCCAUCACAAAGUCUUGAUCCUGAAAGCCUACAGUCGUGCAUGGCGCUCCUACGUGUGCAUAUAUUUGUAUGUUUUAGGCCAUUUCUGUGCAGCUCAGACAUGCAGACAGCAGAGGAGCAGUUACACCAAAAACCAGCGUAGGUGACCGUUUUGGAACAAAAGAUACUGUUACAUCCCUCAUAAAAGAGUUACCUAUAAUUAAAGGCGCUGUGAUGAGUUUUUAACUGGCUAAAACAAAUACUGACCUUGAAAAAGCAAAUGAAACCGUCAACACAAGCUUGAUAAAUUAACUGCAGUGUAUUUUAAUGCUUGAAAGUUCAGUGAGGGGGAGGUGUCAGAGCAGAUGAUAUAUGACAGGCUAAAAUAACAGCACCUCUUGAUGCUCACAGUGAGUGAAUUGAAUCACCGAAAGAUGACAUGAGGAGGGUUUUGUCUGAAAACUCAAACAAGUUAUGACUUCGUCCACCAAUACAGACACAAAUCCAAAAAAAGUUCCUCACAGCAGCUUGAAGUGACAUGAUUAUUUGAAACGAAACUGUUGCAUUUUGUUAAAUGAGACGUACCUCAUGAGUCAUGUGAAAUCUUCCUUUCUUACUCGAUAAAAUAGCCCAUGAGUGAUCAUCAAUCAUUCUUGCAAAGUUGUCGGAGUCCUGAAAGCUGUUAUCGUAAGAGUUGUUCAAAUAUAGCAAAAUCAUGAAUCAGAAACGAGUUUCUCUCUGUCGUCAGUGUCCUCAAACAAAUUUAAACCGUUGUGUCAGUAACAUAAUCUGUCCACCAGGGAGCACUGACAAGUAUUUAUUUACUUUUUUUAACAUUCAAAAGAUCCAAUCAAAAGAAAUGAUCGCCACACUUUUUAGAUCCACAAAUUUGAGGAAGAAUUUAUACAACUGUUUGUUUCACAAUUCAGCAGAAGAAAGACAAUAAGUCUGUUUCGACUCAGACGUGUUGUGCCUCAAAAAUAUCAGCAUGAAUACUACAGCUUUAUUAUUACUGCACAUUUAAAUCAGCUUAACCACGGAUUGGAGAAAACGCAAAUGCUGGGUGUAGCUCUUGAACACGGUCUCUAUUCAGCACAACACACUCAAAUCAAAUGUAGACACACAACCAUACGGCUCAGUGGGUUUGGGUAUUAUUUCAUUGUGUAUCAAGGUGGCAUAAGCUGCCUAUGACAGUUUCUCUGCUCAAUUGUAUGUUUGAUACAAAUAUGAAAGUACCUUAAUGUUACGGGUUGUGUGUUUUCCUGGUGGUUUUGACUCCUUUUGUUAGCCGGUUCUUCUGCUUCUUGAUGAUGAUAGAAAACACGCUGAGCAAAAUGUAGUUGGUCCUUCAUUUGCAUUAGCUGAUGUUUACUGUCCUUUCAAGACGGGGCUGAGAGAAGCAAGAUGAACCAAAAGCUGACAGGAGUGAUCACCACAGUGUUAAAGCAGGGGCUUUAAAGUUAUGAACAUAAGUGAAAGAUCUUCUAUAGAAGCCAAAAAAGUGCAAACAGCAAUCCUCAGAUUUUAUUAAUGACUAUAUCUGUGUUUAUUUAUUUUUUUUCUUUAAGGUCGAAGAAAUGUACAAAAAAGCACACGCCAACAUCAGAGCAAACCCCGUACAUGAAAAGAAACCCAAAAAAGACGUCAAGAAGAAGAGGUGGGUCCCUAUUCUCCACAUUUUGAUUGAUUCUUUCUCUUCUGCAAGAUAGAACUAUAACAUACAAGCCAAAACUGAAAUGGCAUUUCCUUUCAGUCAGGGAGAACCGACAGUCCUUUAUUUUUUAAGUAUUUAGUGUCUGCACUAGGAGGCUCCCAGUGCAGAGCGGACAAACAUCGUGUUGAAUGUUAAUGGAGUCGUGUUUGUGCCUCUUUCCGGACAGGUGGAAUCGCGCCAAGUUAUCUCUGGCACAGAGGAAGGAUCGCGUCGCCCAGAAGAAGGCCAGCUUUUUACGAGCACAAGAACAAGAAGCAGGGGACGGUUAG